CUUAAUUGCAACGCCUAAAAAAUCAGCAAUUUUUACGACUUUACAAACAUUUUUAGUUUCAAGGAAUAUUCGGAUUCAGAUGAAGAUGAUGAAAAUAGUGCGCGUUUGCUUUGGAUUGAUAUUGUUGAAUCAGAUAUGUCAGCACAAGAUAUGGGCAAAAAUCUGUGGUGACCGUAGCACAAAUGAAUCCUAUUGUUGUCCAGGAUACAAAUUGGACGAGAUGCUUAAAAACUGUACCGCCUGUGACAUUGGAUAUUAUGGAUUAAACUGUGAAGAUGAGUGUCCUCCUCCAUACUACGGUCACAACUGUAAGUCAAAAUGCAACUGUAGUGAAAUUAGCUGCCACCAUGUUUAUGGCUGUGAACUUUAUCAACAAGAUACUCGAAAUGAUUCAACAUCAAAAUUCUCUGAAUGGAAACCUUCGAUAGUUUUUUCAACUCAAGAGAACCAAAAAAUAAAAGGCACAUGAGAAGGAGCUGGAGUGAAAACAAAUGACAUUAGAGCCUAGAUGAAGUAAUGAAGUGAGUACUGUCGGUUCAGCUAUGUUGGAUUUUUGCACCCUGGUAUCGAAAUUGUGAACAGAACUACAUCAUACUGUCAAUGUUGGAACUUCUGCACGUCAUCAAGUUGUUGUAUCAGAACUCCGGGACUCGGUGUCCAUUGAAAUACCGCUUUUAAAACACAACUUAUUGAUUUUUUGUUAUUAAUUAUGGAGUUUUAAUUCAGUGUUUACUUGAGCAAAUAUAACACACAAUGCUUUCCUUUGACUUCAUUGUAUAAAUUUUAAGAACAUUUAUACAACAAUCAAAAGUAUUCAAAUACAAGGUAGGUUCGAAAAUGUUGGGUAGUAUUUCAGUAAGAAUAUAUGCCUUAUACUGGGUUAACCACAGAAACACGAUGAAAACUUCAAGAUUAAACUUUCAUGACGAAACUUGUAUUGCUACUCUAAAUAGCUCCAAAUGAAAUCUUAACGCAUUUAUUUUCAACAAUAUGAAAACAUGCUAGCUAACCGCCAACCAGUACUUUCAGUACUUUGAUUAAUUUUGUUUCUUCUCAUUAUAUACACUUAUGAUUAGUAUUUCAGAAAAAUUGAGUGAAAUCAUUUUCACAAAUAGAUAGCCUCAUGUACAGGUUUUUAGGUCACCUGAGUCACUGUUAUCUGGGUUUUUUUUCUUCGUUAUCGCUCGACAUUUGUCGUUAGUUGGUCGUCGGUCAUAAACUUUUGAACAUGAUGGACUUCCUCUCUGGAAUCACUGAACCGAUUUAAACUAAAUUUGACAUGUAGCAUCAAUGGAUAAAGGAGAGUUAAAUGCCGUGUGGCAUAAGCCUUAAAAGUUAAUAAAGCUAUAUAUGCCUUACUUCUUGACAUUAAGCAGUCAAACUGCUGGUAUAAUUGUAAUAAACAUUGAACUCUCCAAAUUGUAACAUUUUCGGCCCCAGGGUAAGAGGAUCUAGGGUAGGACUCUAAUGAUUAUAGAGUGACAAUGCAUUUAUUCUUUUAGAAUAUCCUCUGUUCCUGAGUAUUAAGCCAAUAAACAAAGUACAUAGUAAUGAUGAGGAAGAAUGUCUCUUCAAAAUUGUGAAUAUCAUGACCCCUGGGUCAAAGAUUCUCGUGUUACGGCGGGGCUCUAAUUAUUAUAUAGUACAAAUACAUUUUAUCUUCUCCUCUGUUCCUGGGCAUUAAGUACAUAAACUAAGUACAUAGUUAAGAUAAAAGAAAAUGUCUCUUCGAAAAUUGUUAAGUUCAUGAUCCAGGGUCAGGGCUUCUAGAGUUAGGAUGGGCUUCUAAGGAUGAGGAAUAAUGCACCUUCCAAAAUUGAAGUUCAUGGCCCUCUGGUGUUAGAGCAAGGCUCUCUUGAUUAUAUAGGUAGGGAGGUGUAAUUUUGACUUUUUGUACUUCAUCUUUGUUCAAUUAUUGCACUUUAUGUAAUGCUACAAUUUUUAAAUAUUUGUUCGAGAAUUUAGAAAAUUAAUUGUAUCAAACAAUCCCGGAAUAAUAAAAAUAUUUUCAUUAGUCCUUUAAUGAUUAUGCACAUGGAUAUACAUUGCGAAAGCUACUCUGCAGUUUUUCAGGUGACCGAUAAGGCCCAUGCGCCUCUUGUUAACAACGAAAUAACGGUAUGCACUUUAGACGUACAUGUUUAAUUCGUUCCUGGAUGUUUUAUCAGAGGAUAAUUAUAAAACACUAUAUUCAUGUUCGUUAAAUGAUAAUUUUCAAAACGCUUCCUUCUCAAUGUGCUACAAAUUUUUAGGAUGACAGGUGUUUAUAAGCUGUGACA